GGUGAUUUGGUCCGGUCAAUCCUUUUCCAAUUCCAUACAUAAUCUGCCUCGUUGACUCGUGGUAGAUAAUAGGCGUCGCUCUUUGGUAGGUCUUUCACUCUUUUCUUUUCAAUAUCAAUUGUUGCUCUCUGCAUCUCCGGCAAUCCCGGUCAUCUCGACGGCCGUGCGUUUGGCGCCAAUGACAUGAUACCCUCGGCCACUAUGACGGUGGUUGCAGUGCAGAUGCCUCUUAGCAGGGAAUUUUAUAAGAGAAAAGAGCUCAUGACUGCUGCGGUGCGCACAAUUCGGCAUAUUUCACCCUCCCCUCCCCCCAAUAAAUCGUCAUCGCUCGUCGCCAUCGCCUCUCACUUCUCUCCCGCACUUUCUUCUCUGCCUUUUCUAUCUCAUUAUUUAACUUAUCAUGCCUUUCUGAAUAUCAUUGCUUUUCUGUCGUGUCCAUUUCUCCUUUCGGUUAUCGCUGCUUAUCGUCUCCGACUCCGUUCCACGCUGGCCACGCUGACUGACGCUGUAUUUACUUUUCCUCUCAGGAUUUCCCUUCGCCACUCCGAAUCUUUUUAUUCUUACUCCAAAUCCUCAGCCCUCCUUUUCCCUCCGUGAACGAUCGCCAUGUCGUACU